CCACAAGUUGGAAUGAAUGUUGAACACAACAUAACACAAAACAAACAAAAACAACAAGAACAACUGUUAAACUUCACGUUUCUCACGAAACUCUAAAUUAUUACCAUAAGACAUGAGAUCUGCUCCUGAAACGAAAUAAUCACAUCUUUUGAGACUGUCAGUGUAAAACAAAUUUUCUUUAUAUGAAUGCAACACAGUGUUUUACAAUCAGAAGACAUUUUUAACAAGGCCAUUCGUUGUAUUAAACAGUUGUUCAUGAGUUAUGAAGGCUUCACAAAAAAGUUGGCUUUUUAUAAAUAACGUAUUGCAUCAGAUAAACUGUUUAACAGAAAUAAAGCAGAAUGAAGCAGAGUGCAUGUUUUGUUAUUCUACAAUCUACAACAGCUCCAGUCAGGAGAGCUGUUCUUAGUGGGUUUUUAAAAGAGGUGGAGCAAAAGCAGGUGUGGUGAUCCUGUUAGCUGGAAAAAACCCACAGAGCUGCAGUUACCUGAUCAGCAGAAACAGCAAGACCCAGGAUUUAGUCUGGAAUGUUUUUCCCUCACCGUUGCAUCUCCAUCUUGUUACACCAGACAGGUGAAACUCCCACCUGGCCAUGGUUGAAGGCUUGUCAUGACUUUUUCAAAGGAGCCCCGUUUUGUCCUUUUUGCCUUUCUGGAAACUAAAAGUAAAAACCCUCGUUUGUAGCAAAGAUAGAGUCAACAUGCCGGAGCGUGGCUUUGCAGCAGAGGAUCCAAGUCUCAAAAUGAAAAAUGAGGACAACAGAAGGUGGUGUUGGGUGUCACGACGUCACGGUGUCUUCUUCACUCUGGUUCUGGGAGUCGUGCUCUUCCUGCAGUACAACAGUAUAAAGGACAUGGCACCGUCUUGGAAUCCUAAACAAUGGUUACAGAAUCAUUCAACCAAACUGUUUGUUCCCUUAAAAGAACCAAAUACUGGUUUGCGGGACACAAAAGCAUCUGAAGCUGAACCAACAGUUGCGAUGUUUACAGCACCAUCCAUCUCAGCCGUGCUUCUUAAAACGGGGAGAUUUUUAUCAACACAAGAACCACAAACAAGUCACCAGUCUGUGAUCCCGCAGGUGGUUCAUCCACACUCUACCCGACCUACACCGGUCCCUUAUGUGUCUCCUGGACCCUACCUGGUGGAAUAUCCUUAUGAGUACCACUUCACCAUUAACGAGCCGCUGACAUGUGAGCAGGAGAAGCCAUUUGUGGUUCUGAUGGUUCCAGUGGCGCCGCGUAACAGAGCUCACCGUGAUGUGAUCCGCAGCACCUGGGGAAGCGAGAGGCUGGUUCUGGAUAAAGUGGUGAGGCUGUUCUUCCUGCUGGGGAUGCAAACUGGAGAUGAUGCACAGCAGGUCCACAAGCAGCUGCUGCAGGAAAGCAACGAGCACCAGGACCUGAUUCAGAGUGACUUUGUGGACUGUUACAAGAAUCUGACCAUCAAGACCAUGGUGAUGCUGGAGUGGUUGGACUCGUUCUGCUCCAACGCCUCUUACGCCAUGAAGAUUGAUUCAGACAUGUUUCUCCAUGUGCCCAAUCUGGUCAAAAUGCUGUUAAACGCUCCCACAUCGAACUACCUGACUGGGCUGGUGGCGUAUAAUGGUGCUGUUUUAAGGGAUCCGUCCUCUAAGUGGUAUCUACCACCUGAGCUCUUCUCUCCACCAGUUUACCCUCCUUAUGCUUUGGGUCUGGGCUACAUUUUAUCUCUAGAUCUCACUAAAAAGCUCAUUGAAGCAUCCAGACACGUUAAAGCUGUUUAUAUUGAAGACGUGUAUUUGGGAUUGUGUAUGAUGCACCUGGGAAUGAGUCCCACCAACCCCCCUGAGGGAGCACACUUCCAUGUCGUCCCUUUAGCCUAUGACCGCUGUUACUUCUCCCAGAUUAUCGCCACGACAGUCAUACCUUCUACCAAUCGUUUAUGGCUGUGGAAAGACUUUAAAGCAGAGGGUCCAUACUGCAAAAAUCCCUGAAACGAAUGAAUAAAGUUAGAAAAAUGUUAAUGAACACAUUAAAAGUAAAAAAAGGCUGAAUUUUCUCAGAAAAUUAAACCUCGGGUCGUGAGUGGCAAACAAGCCUCCAAAUUCCCAUUAAUUGUUUCUGUUAAAAAUGGUCUAGAUGGGAUGUGCAACAGCACCACAUACAUCCAAAUUUAGUGAGAGAAACGAGAACUUAUCCAGAACAAUGAAGACUCAACGUUUUAAAAACAAAAUGUGAAUUUAUCAGAGAAGUGUACUUAGAUUUUGCUGUUUUCCAACAGUAACUGUAGCUGUCAACCUUUAUUUUGGUUUAAGGUGUCAGCGAGUAAAUGAAAUAUGCGUUUAGCUGUGUGUCGCGGAUGUUUGGUAAAAAUAUAGUCCAGCUGAACUCGGUUUAGAAUCCUCAAAACUAAAACUGAAAGCAGUUGUGGAUAAAAAAAACUUAAUGAUCCACUAAGAAGUCAGGGUUUGGUUCGAAAAUAUCUGACAGAGAACGGAGUUGGCUCAAUGAGCCACUGAACAAUUAAUAAACAGCAGGGAGCACUUGUAUGAAUGUUGCUGCUGUGACCAAACAAACGGCCCCAGUCUGACAAAAAUAUGUCAGAAGUUGUCUCAUUUUAAAGCUUUUUAGCAUGAUUUCCAACAACCUUCAAGUUGUUAAACGAAGCUAACUGGUGUUGUGUUCAGAUGUGUUCCCCUUACAAAACCCUUCAGCUUUGGUCCCUCUCACCUUUGACCUCUAUAUGGAAACGUUUCUUGUCACAGAGGUCAGAACUAAAGGUUUCUAAGUCAUGAUUAUUACUUUGGAAAUCAGAAUUUGGAGAUGCAAUGUUGUAAUCAUGAUCAAGACACAGCUUGUCUUAUUGGAAGGCUCAGGAAUGGUCCUCUAUAGUUUUAUACAAUGGCAUUUAUGACAAUUGCUACAUAUACUUAUAUGUAUAUCUAUGUAUACACCUAUAUAUACUUAUUUAUACUUAUAUAUAUAUAUAUAUAUAUAUAUAUAUAUAUAUAUAUACACAUAUAUACUUAUAGAUAUCCCUGUAUAUACUUAUAUAUACACCUAUAUAUACUUAUUUAUACUUUAUAUAUAUAUAUAUACUUAUAUAUAUCCCUGUAUAUACUUAUAUAUACACCUAUAUAUACAUUUAACAGACUCAUUGCUUAAUAGUGCUUAAACAUUUUAUUCUUCUAUUCUAGAUUGUAUUCAUUUGAGAGGAAUCAUCCUGCUGUAGAAGCAUGGAAACGGAUCUCACCACAACACUAGCUCCAAACCAAGCCUUUAAUGUUUGGUUUUACAGCUAAACUAACCAAACCUGCAUAAACUAACAUUAGUUCUGGGUUAAAGGUUACUGAACCUAGGAGAUCAGCUACCUCUCAAUGCAAUCGACAGUCAUGAGUAAAUUAUGAUUUUAAUGAUGAAUAUCUGACUUCUAAUCGCAGGUUUAUGUUCUACAACCAGAAGCUUUCAUAUGUUUCCUAAUACUUCUUAGUUAUAUUCUCUUGUCAAACGCCGCUGCUGUUUGACUGGUUGUUGUAUCACCUUUAUUUCAUGUUUGUUGAAAGCAGCAAAAGAGACAGCCCGCCGCUGUCGGUCACACUUGAAGCUUUGUGGCAGCAUUCAUUGCAGACUCUGGGUUUCCUUCAGAGCAGUCAGGAAAGAUAAAAUAGUAACAAUUGAACUUGUUUUUGUGCCAUAAAAUAAAAUAGUUUUACAGUUUUUGUAUUGAGCAUUAAUUUAUGCUUUAUUUAUCUGCUGCUGCUGUGUUAUUUAUUUACCUGUUUUUCAUUUUAAUAAAAAACAACUUGCAAUGUUAUUUGCACUGGAUUAUAAUUGUAACCCUCUCAGGCUCAAAAUAAGUUUUGAUAAAAGAACGAAGAACUAAGUCCUUCAGGGGUACUUCUGAGUUUAAAACUGCUCAUGAAAUACGUAUGUGGAGUAACCAGGUAGGUAGGUUUUAACGUUGCAAAUAUGCAACGUCAGCUUCCAGAGGGUUAAAGAGUAACAUGACUGUCCUUAAGGAGAGUGGGGAGCGGGACCUCUUGGGUGAAAAUCUUCUCCUUUUGCCACGUUGGCGGUGAUUUCUGGACGUGAAGUGUGUUUCUACUCCUGCUACAUGUUUAAGGUGUGAUCUGAUUUAUAUACCUUUUAUAUUAUAUAUAUAUAUAUGUUAUUCUGCUUCUUGCUCCAAGAAACAGUGAGAAAAGGUGAUUUGCUGACAUUUAUACAAUAACAAACGGACUGGUUUAAUGGAGUAGCUUCUGUUUAGGAUCUGGUUAAAGCUCUACCCUUUAGUUUUCUAGCUUCAGUCAUGAAUAACAACUUUUAUGGAACGUGCAAUAAAAAGGUAAUCUACA